CGCCUGACGGAAGAUGAGGAGGAUGUGAUGCCUUGACACACACUUGCUGUGUCAUUUCUUUUGAGAUACCAACCAGCCACAAUAUUAGCCACUUAUCCUCACAACCAGUUCAGGGUGUACCCCGCCCGCCUCCUGCCCGAUGACAGCUGGGAUCGGCUCCAGCACUCCCGCCCCCCUCGUGAGGAUUGUCGUCAUUGUUAUGAGGACAACAAGUGGUGCAUUUUUAUCGGAUUUUGACUUUGAUGGGAUCUACUCUGCCAGCUCCAGCCAAUCCGAAGCCCCGGCCAAGGAUUAGCGCCUCGGCUUCAAGUGUCCAGAUCGGCCCAAUCCCGCCAUCUGUCAGAGAGCAACCGACCUGCCGCCUGCCACCCUCUCAUCUCGGGGCGAAAAUAGAGCACGGGAAGGAGAAGCCGCGAGCAUCAUGGAGAAGACAUACCUUCUGAACCAUCCGGGAGUCAGGAAGAAGAUUCUGGCCGGAGGCACCGGCCCGCUGCCUCACUUCCCACCUGGAACCAAGCUGGUCUUCCACUUCCAGACACUGCUGGACACCUUCGAGCGCACCGUCGUGGACGACAGCCGAGCGGCCGGCAGGCCCGCCGAGAUCUUUGUCGGGAAGAUGUUCAAGUUGGAAGUUUGGGAGACGCUGCUCACGUCCAUGCGGGUCGGCGAGGUGGCCGAGUUCUGGUGUGACGCCGUUCACACGGGGUUGUACCCCAUCGUGUCAAAGGGCAUGCGGCUGAUCGCUCAAGGGAAAGACCCCCUGGAGGGCCAGAGGCACAUGUGCGGCAUGGGGAACAUCUUCCACUAUCACUCCACCGGCUUCCCCGAACUGGAUGAGCUCAUGAGAACGCCGCAGCCGCUCAUCUUCAUCAUGGAGCUGCUCCAGGUGGGAGACCCCAUGUCCUACCACAGGGAGUCGUGGAUGAUGGAGAAGGACGAGAAGCUGAGCACGGUGCCCCUCCUCCACGUGCGGGGCAACGCGCUGGUCAAGCAGCGGCAGUUCCGGGAGGCGGCCAGCAAGUACAAGGAGGCCGUGUUGCUGCUUAAGACGGUCCAGUCCAGGGAGAUGCCCGGCGACGCGGACUACGUUAACCUGGGUCGUAUGAUCGUCCCCCUGGAGCUGAACUACUGCCAGUGCAUGCUGGAGCUACACGAGUACUACGAGGUGAUCGAGCACACCGACGAGCUGCUGGACAAACACAAAGACUGCGUGAAAGGUUACUACAAGCGAGCCAAGGCCCACGCCGCCGUGUGGAACGAAAAGGAAGCGCGCCGGGACUUCAACACGGUGGCCCGCCUGGACGCCACGCUGGCCUCGUUGGUCCAGCGGGAACUCAGGGCCUUGUCGGAGCGCAUCAAGGAAAAGUACUGGCAGGAGAAGGACGCCUACUGGAACAAGCUCAGCGUCGCGGAGGCCGCUGAUGGAAAGAACGGGGACGAAGUAGACGAGGAAGAAAAAGAAGAGGAGGACGGCGGCGAUGGAGAUGCAGGAGGUGAGAAGACGGAGGAGAAGGACUGGCAACAGAUGUUGCGUCUGGUGAUGCUGCUGCAGGAGCAAGGAAACGUCCUGGUCAAAGAAAAAAGCUUUCAAGAAGCUUCUGAAAAGUUCAAGGAGGCCUUGGACUAUGUGGACGCCCUUCAAAAUAAGGUCCGUCCGGGCGACGAAGACUGGGAAUCGUUGGAAAAAGUGCGCCUGCCUCUCGCUCUAAACCUGAGCCAGUGCAUGCUGGAGCUUCAAAACUAUCAGCAAGUGGUGCAACUCAAUGACAAGUUGCUGGAAAGCCACCAAGGUCACUUCAAGGCGCUCUACCAGCGCGCCCGAGCACACGUCGCUCUGCGCAACGAGGAGGAAGCGCGUCGGGACUUGGGCGCCGUGGAGAAGCUGGACCCCCACUUCAAGCCGUUCGUCCGCCGGGAGCUGAAGAAGAUGGGCGAGAACAUCCGCUGCGUGCACGCCCACCACAACAAGACCUACUGGGACGCCUCGCGGGAAAAAUGGGGGCCCGGGAAGGCCCCGCCGAAGAGCGUCACGCAGGCCAGUGCCGAUAGAGGGGAGGGAGCGGAGGACGAAAACCAGACCAGCAAGGGGGAGGAAUCCAAUCAUGAAAACAUCGGGAGUUGUGAUCUUACGGUUGAUAGCGGCAAGCCCGACGAAGAGGGGCACGCUAUGAUCGCCGCCGCUGUUGGAGAUUGUGUAGCCAGUGCGAGAUAAGUCAAUGAAGGUCACACGCCGGCCGAGAACGGCGGAACGAACCCGGCCGAGGUGAUGAAACAUCGUGUCCGGCGAUCGGAAAGCAAUGAAGAAGCAGCGAGCAGUAAAGAAAACAAAUAUACCGAGGAAGUAUUGAUUGAGAAGCCAAAGAAGGAAACUCAUAAGCUGACCCGCAUACACACAGCGUAGUAGAGUCUCAGUCCAGUUUUUGGUGCCCACAUGCUGCAAAAAGUACUCACUAUGUCAAAUAAAAUAUGA